AUGCAACAUAAUAAAUAUUUAUUUAGACAAGUCUUUCAACAAUAUUUAAUCAAAAAUUUGUUUUUUAUAUUUUAUUUAUUAAUUACAAAUUUAAAUUAUUUGAAUGCCUUCCCUCAAUGCAAUUUAGGCCUUAAAUUGUUUAGUGUUGAAAGAGGAUCUGCUUUAUGUGCUAAAUUUGUUCCUUUUGAAUGUGUUGGUUUAUGUGAAUGGGUAGAGGCAGAUGGGGAUGGGAAAGGUGGAGGAGGAGGAGGAGGGGGUGGAUGUACUUUAAGUUCCCAUUAUUCUGCUUUUCGUGGAUUACGUACUUAUAUGAGUGGAUUUGUUUUAAAUGAUCAAAGUUUUCUUGUCCAAUGUUGUGCUUCUUUAGCUACAAAUGUUAAUUUAAGAAAAGAAAAUGAGCCUAAUUGCCGUUGGAGUGAAGAAAUAAAUACUGUAGUAGAUAAACCGACAUUAAGGUUGGACUUUCCGUUGGAAGAAAAUGAAUAUUUUAGAGAUUUAAAAGGAAUUCGAUUAAAUAAUGGGGCAGCUAAAAUACAAGCAGAAAUUUGUCAAUUUUCUUUUCAAAGAAAUAAUUGUGACAGAAAAAAAAUGUCUGAAGAAGAAAGUCAUCAAUAUUCCCUUUUAUUAUUGAGGCUGCAAAGAGCUAAAGAUUUUUUUCAAAAUAGGAAAGGUGUGAAAAUGUUAAAUUCUGGUUCUUCUAAUAAUAAUAAUGAGGAAAUAAUUGAAGAAGAAAUAAAUAGGUAA